CCGUCAAGUGUCUGGCCCGGGGUUUUCUGUCCUGGUCUCUCCAUCUCUCCUCGUAUGUUCCCCCAUCCCUCCAUCGGGAAUUAUUAAUGUUUUUCUUCCUGUUUCCUCCUCAUGAGUGCUCUUUUGUUCCUGUUUCUACUAUAAUUUUACAUAAACACGGGGGGAGGGAAGAGAAGCUCUCCAUCUCUUCUCAGCCAACUGCUUCCCUCCCCUUUAAACGAGGAUGUAUUCCGCAGGCGAACCCGAUGUACCUUCCCCAACACCACCUGUGCAGACGUUGUCAACUUUCAAACCACCUGUGAGACCUGAUUUUGGUACUAUGGGUCGACCAAUCAAGUUACAGGCCAACUUCUUUGAAGUGGACAUUCCAAAAAUUGAAAUCUACCAUUAUGAUAUAGACAUAAAACCAGACAAAUGCCCAAGAAGAGUAAACAGAGAAAUUGUUGAACACAUGGUUCAGCAUUUUAAAAAUCAGAUCUUUGGUGAUCGGAAGCCAGUGUUUGAUGGAAGGAAGAAUCUCUAUACAGCAAUGCCUCUUCCAAUAGGGCGAGACAGGGUGGAGCUAGAGGUAACUCUGCCAGGGGAAGGAAAGGACAGAAUCUUUAAGGUGGUGAUAAAGUGGGUGGCAUGUGUCAGUCUCCAAGCCCUGCAUGAUGCACUUUCAGGUCGUCUCCCAGCUAUUCCUUUUGAAUCUAUUCAAGCACUAGAUGUAGUGAUGAGACAUCUGCCCUCCAUGAGGUACACUCCUGUAGGCCGUUCAUUCUUCACACCAUCUGAGGGGUGCUCUAAUCCCUUGGGAGGGGGCAGGGAAGUGUGGUUUGGAUUUCAUCAGUCAGUCAGACCUUCAUUGUGGAAAAUGAUGCUUAAUAUUGAUGUAUCUGCUACAGCGUUUUAUAAAGCCCAACCAGUGAUUGAAUUCAUGUGUGAAGUUUUGGAUUUUAAAAAUAUUGAAGAGCAGCAGAAACCAUUAACUGACUCCCAGAGAGUGAAGUUCACCAAGGAGAUCAAAGGACUCAAAGUGGAGAUCACUCAUUGUGGACAAAUGAAAAGAAAGUAUAGAGUGUGCAAUGUUACCAGAAGACCAGCAAGCCAUCAAACAUUUCCACUUCAGCAGGAGAAUGGGCAGACUGUUGAAUGCACGGUAGCACAAUAUUUCAAGGACAAGCACAAACUAAAUCUUCGCUAUCCUCAUUUACCAUGUCUACAAGUUGGACAGGAGCAAAAACAUACGUAUCUUCCUCUUGAGGUGUGUAACAUUGUAGCUGGGCAGAGAUGUAUAAAAAAACUGACCGACAAUCAAACCUCAACAAUGAUUAGAGCCACUGCCAGGUCUGCACCAGACAGACAAGAUGAGAUCAGCAAACUGAUGAAAAGUGCGAGUUUCAAUGCUGACCCCUAUGUUCAGGAAUUUGGGAUAGGAGUGAGAGAUGACAUGACAGAUGUACCAGGUCGUGUUCUUCAGGCACCUUCCUUGUUGUACGGUGGUCGGAACAAGACAAUUGCUACCCCAAUUCAGGGUGUGUGGGAUAUGCGGGGAAAACAGUUUCAUACAGGCAUUGAAGUGAAAGUCUGGGCAAUUGCCUGUUUUGCUCCACAGAGGCAAUGCAGAGAAGAUACACUCAAAGCAUUCACAGACCAAUUAAGGAAGAUAUCCAGAGAUGCAGGAAUGCCAAUACAAGGCCAACCUUGUUUUUGUAAAUAUGCUCAAGGUGCAGAUAGUGUGGAACCUAUGUUCAGGCACUUGAAGAAUACCUACGCAGGACUUCAGCUGGUAGUGGUGGUGCUUCCUGGUAAAACGCCAGUUUAUGCGGAAGUUAAGCGUGUGGGUGACACAUUACUUGGCAUGGCAACGCAAUGCGUGCAGGUGAAAAAUGUGCUGAAAACCUCUCCUCAAACACUUUCCAAUCUCUGUCUGAAGAUCAAUGUUAAACUAGGUGGUGUCAACAACAUCUUGGUGCCACAAGGAAGACCUGCAGUAUUUCAGCAGCCAGUGAUAUUUCUGGGUGCAGAUGUAACACAUCCACCAGCUGGAGAUGGGAAGAAACCUUCCAUUGCUGCAGUGGUCGGUAGUAUGGAUGCUCAUCCAAGUCGUUACUGUGCCACAGUCCGUGUACAGCAGCAUCGGCAGGAGAUCAUUCAGGACCUUGCUUUCAUGGUCAGAGAACUCCUCAUUCAAUUUUACAAAUCUACUCGCUUCAAACCGACACGCAUUAUAUUCUAUAGAGAUGGAGUUUCAGAAGGACAGUUUCAACAGGUGCUUCAUCAUGAGUUGCUAGCUAUUCGAGAGGCCUGUAUUAAGCUUGAAAAGGACUACCAACCUGGCAUUACUUUUAUUGUAGUUCAAAAACGGCAUCACACCAGACUCUUCUGUACUGACAAGAAUGAAAGGGUUGGUAAAAGUGGCAAUAUUCCAGCAGGCACAACAGUGGAUACAAAAAUAACGCACCCAUCAGAAUUUGACUUUUACCUUUGCAGCCAUGCUGGCAUUCAGGGGACAAGCAGACCAUCUCACUACCAUGUUCUUUGGGAUGAUAAUCGCUUCAAUGCAGAUGAACUUCAGAUCCUCACAUAUCAACUUUGUCACACGUAUGUCAGAUGUACGCGGUCAGUAUCCAUCCCAGCUCCAGCCUAUUACGCUCAUUUGGUAGCUUUCCGUGCCAGAUACCAUUUGGUGGACAAGGAGCAUGACAGCGCUGAAGGGAGUCACACAUCUGGCCAGAGUAACGGCCGGGAUCAGCAGGCUUUGGCUAAAGCAGUACAGGUUCACCAGGACACUCUGCGUACUAUGUAUUUUGCUUGACAGGUGUCCUCAGUUGGGAUUUCUGAACAGAGCCGGGCUAAGACCAGACCGGCUGCAUUUUCCAGGCAGUGUAGUGACGAACGUGCAGUUAAUGUGUUUCUGUUGCUGUGUACAUUGCGGUACCUUGCAGGUCUCUUUCAGCUAUGAGGUAACAUGUGACCUGGCUGUUAAUGUAUGAAUCAAAUCACCUGUAAAUCUUUCUUUGAACAGCAACAACAGGAAAUAUUAGGAGGCUUGUAAUAGAUGUCUUGAUAUAUAUAGUCACGAAUUGAAGUUAAAUAACUGCAACCUAAUCUUGUUAGUUAAAACUAGACUGGAGGCUGUUGUAGGUAGAACAAGAAAAUAUAUAUUUGGUGGAAACAUUAUAAUAUGCUGCAGCAGCAUAUUUAAUGGUGGUUGUUUAGGACUGCAAAAUUGUGGAAGAAUUUUAAGGAUGGUUUGAGUAUUUAAAGACAUAGUAAUCCCGACUGUUGGCUUCAAAUGGCAGAAUUUUGAAACUCGGAAUUGAACAUCAACAGCAUUCCUUUUAUUAUAUCUGGAGUUUUAUCCAGUGAAUUCAGUGAAGACUACUGUAAUACAGUACUGUGAAGCACGGCCAUCUUGAGUGGGUAUGGGGAAAAAGUCUUUUAACACUGAAAGCAAGUUUAUGAAGAACUAGUGCUUUUCCUUUUUGUGCAGGCAAUAUAUUGUAUCGGUUUGACUUUCUCAGUUCUGAGAUGUCAUCUAUGACUAUUAACAGAAGGAAUGCAGUCUCUUUUUAAGAUGUGUUUAGUAGAAAAUAUUGGUGUGUGCGUUUGAAGCAAUUAAUCUUUGGAGACAAUCUAUAAAACAUAACAAGAACAGAUGGGCACUACUAUUUUAUAUAUUGAGCUCUUAAUAUUUUUGUAAGAUGCUGCAAUUGUUUAGUUCUCAGAUCGCGAGACGAUACAUCAGUGAUGCAAAAGUGACAUUUUUAUGCUGUGGUUGUCUGGUCAGCCACUACUGUGGCUUGGCAUCAUGUCAAUAUAAGGGUUAUCAUGACUAUCACUUCAUCAAUUUGAAUUCAGUUAGUACGGUCAGUCAGAUGAGAACUAUCGAAAUUGAAACUUUUUAGCAUGAAGUAAAUUUUAACUACCUCGUGGUUAUUCUCGUGCAGCAAAAACAGAAUGAGGACAUGCCGCUGUUAUGUUGGCAAAGCAGUUCAAAGAUGGUGCUAGAUUUUUGCCACGAGGCAAGCAUUUUUGUAAUGGUAGUCAUUUAAUUAAUGUAAAUUAAUUCCUGGAUUAAAAUCCAUCCCGAGAUUGAAGCCAAACCUUUUUAUGAUUAUAUACAACAUCUUUUCAGUGGCCUAUAUGCACUUCUGACUCAAAGCAUUGUAUAAAGUAUCCAGUUUUAUAUACCUCAACCCUUCAAAUGUUCAAAUCUCUUGGAAGGCAUAACCAGCAUAAAUUACAGUGUUAACAACUUACAUAUGUGGCCAUGAAUAAAAACCAUAUUUUACAUAGAUCUUCAGGAUAAACUUUUGCGUUUGAAGUUAAGUAAUAACAUGAUAUAGAUAUAGGUAAGUCUAUUGCAGAAAUGUUUGAUAAAUUGUUUUCAACUGUUUCUGUAUUUGGCUACAUGGUAUGUUUGUAUACAAGGAUGGUAAUGUUGCAAAUUGCAUUACAAAAAAUGGGCAUAUUUUGCCAAACAAGUCUUCAAUAUUUUUAAAAAAUCUUUUAUUUAUGAAAUGUCUACUGAAAAAGUAAUGAGCUAUGCUUCUAAAAAAAAUGGCAAGUUACAUGUUCUCCUAAUGCUUCUUAUGGAAUCAUAUAAUUCUUUUCUACUUAUUCUAAAACAGUUUAAGGAAUGGAAGUAGCAAAGGACACAGUAAGUGUAUCAAUUUUCAGUUCUGAAAUAGUUCUAAUGAGACUUCUGAAUAAUUGUGAAAAAUCUGUGCAAGUGCAGUAAUGUCUUUGUGACAUUCAUUAGUUACAACACUAACGCAUUCAAUUUUCCUACUUGGGAUACCCACAUUCAAGGCUGAGUCUCAACUGACAUAUCUAUUUAGGUUUCCUGCCAAUUAACAGUUGUGUGAAUUGGCUGAUAAAGGAGAGGGGAUCCUUUUCAAAAAGAUUGAAUAUAGCUAAUUAGUUCAUUGGCCAAAGAACAUGUAUUAAUGUCCAUGAAAAUCCCCAUGGUGGAUUGCAAUGUAAUUUCAAAUAUGCAGGGCUACCAAUCUGGCAAUUAAAAUAAGUGACAAUAUAGUAAGUAGUAACAGCAUGACGGAUACUCAGGGCUUUAAAGACUGCACUUCUUUUACAAUGAUGAAAUACUAUGUCAGAAUUAGGAAGGUUGUUUAUAAAAACUUAAUCAUGGAAAUAAGGGAUUAUUUAAUUGAAAUAGAGGUGGGGGUGAGCUGAUGUUAGAACUUAAUCCCUUCUAAGCAUACUAAAAUCAGCAUGAUAAUCUGAUGAAGCAGUAGUUGACAUUCAUUUAAUUUUGUUUUUAAGUGGAUGAUUGAACUUCAAAUUUAUAGACCAGAAAGAAGCUCUGAACCAAAGGUUUAUCUUAUUUGAGCUGCUCUGUUUAUUGAUUGAGUUCAAGAAAAGGUUUUAUUGAAAAAUCUUCAAUAACAAUGUUCUAUUGUAUUUCAAAUUGUUUCAUUGCACCUAAUGGGCAGCACAGUAGUUCAGUGGUUAGCACUGCUGCCUCUCAGCACCAGGAAUGUGUGUUCAAUUCCACCUUGGGUGACUGUU